AUGACAGGGAAUAUCCAAUUAAAGAGAAUUGAAGUUAAUCAAUUAACUAAUUUAGAUGGUUUUGCAACCAGAAAUUAUGUUAUUAAUGCUUUAAAAACAGAGUUGGACAAAAAUAAAGAAGUAGAAAACAAAAAUAAUUGUGUUCCGGUAUCUAUUAACACGAUUAACAAACCAUUUGAGUUUGUAUUGGUUAAUUCGGGGGCAUUAAACAAUAUUCGAGAAGAUUACCACAGUUUCCAAGAACAUUUUGGAAAAAACAAUAACAGCCAAGUAGUAAGUUUUUUAAGUUUUAGCGGUGAUACACUAAUUGUCCCUAUUCCAAAAGUUGGUGAAAAGAUAGAGGAAAACUUAAUUAAUGCUAAUGGUGCUACUCGUUGGUUAUCUACUAGUGGUUUAGAAAACAAAAAGCCUUUUGAAAUAGUUUAUGAGUUAAAAAAUUAUGAAGUAAAAAAAUCUUCUUUAUCUCUUUCUGCUAGAAGUAAAGUAAUUGAUAAAAGUGGCAGCAAUUAUUUAAGUGAAAAUAGGGAAGAUUAUGGUCCAGGUAGAAAAAAUUUUGACCAACUUUAUAGACGUAUGAGAAAUGCGUUAAGAGCGAAACCUACUUGUAAAAUUUCAGGACAUAGCGAUUCUUUUGACGAAGGCAAGGAUUAUGCUGGAAUGAUUGUCUAUGCGAUUGAUAACGAAUUUUCUUGA